CUUUUGAGUUACUCUGGUCGCGUCGCGCCCUGUCCAUUGCCUCUCAGUUACUCUCAGUGCUCGCUGAUAUCCAACGCUUCGUCUACUCUUUUCAGUCGUAUCUCAUACUGCCCUUGAGUGAAGCAGACCGUCCAAUGCCACUGGUGUUGAAUCUAGUCGACGAGCCGACUCAUGAGGGAACGUAACAUGGAUGUCGACGUGUUGGAUGCGGCUGCUUUUUCCAAAGACUACCACACUGCUUUACCGAAGGGCUUCCGAGGCCGUCACCGGGACCCGAUGGCUUCGUUCAACGAUGAGAGGAGAAAAAUGCGUGCAGGCCAGCUCAAUGAAUCGAAGCAAUAUGGGUGUAUUAUAGAUAUGCUGAACCAGCCAAUGCAGCAGUCUUUGCCGGCAGCCAUUCAACUUCAAUUCAUUGACACUCAUGCGGCUCACUUAAUUCGUCACAUAAAAGGCUACAAGGACAAACCAGAUAUAUGUGCCGUUGAGUCCCACCAUUUAUCAUCGUUAGAGAAGACUGACGCUGGACACUGUCAUCGUGUGCUGUGGCACAAGACCCGAUCUGUAAGCGAAGUAAAGCCGCCUACGAAUGACUCGAAGAAAGGUCGUCAAGUCCUGACCUACGCUGCAUCUCACAACUUGGCUCGCCCUGACAGACCUGGGUGUCUUACCAUCAGUGUGUCUCCGCGUGGCUAUCAGAUCACCUGGAGCGAUCCGUCCGGUGGACAUAUAUCAGAGACAAUCGCCUGGGACAACAGGAAAGGCGAACAACUUCUCAGCUUCGUUUGUUCCCUUUACAUUCCACCUGCAUUGUGCGACGCCAUGGACCCGACCACCUCUCGUUCUCCUAGAUGGAAUAUUGACUUCAAAGGAAAAUUAUACAAGGAAUGCAGAAUUUCAUUCGUCGGAGAGGCGCACAGUCGGAAAACAAUGAUUUUCAGGCAUGAGGACAACGGGUAUGACAUUUUGGAAGCGCAUCAAUACGCCGUCAUGAAGAAACAAGUAAUGCACCGAGAUAUGAGCCACCGGAAUAUCCUCGUGAACCCGUUUGGCCUUCCUGAUACAAAUCCGGAAGGACCUAUAUUCGUCAACACCAUCUUGGAUUCUCGGAACAAGGGAGCCCAGCCAACGGCGUUGAUAUGUGAUCUAGACAACGGUUGUCCGAAGGAACUUGGACACGUCAAAGACUCAGUGAAAGAGCUCAACAACGCGUGGGAAAUUCUAUCUGGACCAGUACGGUUGGGGUUGUUAACUUGGCCCCAGCAGCAAUGGGAACGUGCCCUCCACCCUAGAUUGAAGUCUUUGAUGGAGCCCGAGUACGGCUUUCUUGACCCACCUCCUGCAGAUGACCAUCUACAUGAGGCUUUCCAGAGGCUUCUGCUCAAUCAGAUUCACGAUUUGAAGGAGGAUAUCGAGCUCAACGUAGAAGAGCUACGUUCCCUGCCUGAGUUGCAGCGUUAUGAGACUCGGGGCACGACCACGCCGUUUGGGGCAUCUAUCGGCCAACGAAUAUUUGUUGAACUUAUUGCAGAGAUCCAAAGCGAGCCAAGACGACGAAGGAACCGUCGAAACGGUGACGAGGGGAAGGAAGAGAUGGAACGCGUCGGUAGUCUUCAUUGA